AUGACGAUCAUGAAGUUUGUGGUCCUGAUCGUCACUCUUAUGUUAACAGAAACUAACGGACGAACCUCGGACAAACUUAAAGUAACUUUACCACACGGAGGUAAAGUUAUUGGUAGAUACCUGCAUUCAUUCAGCGGUCGGGGCAUUCUCGCUUUCUUGGGAAUACCAUAUGCUAAACCACCGAUUGGCGAACUGCGUUUCAAGGCAUCUGUUCCAUAUGGGGCAUGGGUUGGUGAACGAAAGGCAAUUACGGAUGCCCCUUUGUGUACCCAGCGAGAUCCGUACCGACGAGAUGAAGCCAUUUCCGGUGUCGAAGAUUGCUUACAGCUAAACAUUUAUAUCCCAGAACGUCUAAAUUUGUCGUCAUCUGAUAAAUUGGUACCAAUUACGUUUCCAGUUAUGGUAUUCUUUCAUGGCGGAGGAUGGCAAUGUGGCUCGGGAACACGGUCAUUCUAUGGUCCCGAUUUCCUGCUAGAGCAUGAUGUUAUCUACAUUGCAGCAAACUUUCGGCUCGGGCCUCUGGGAUUCCUCAGUACAGAGCAAGCGGAUUGUCCAGGAAACAAUGGACUCAAGGAUCAAAGUUUGGUUUUGCGCUGGAUUCAGGAUAAUGUAAUUGCGUUCGGAGGUGACCCGAACGCUGUAACUAUUUUUGGAGAGAGUGCCGGCGGUGCAAGUGGAACGUAUCAUAUGAUGUCUCCUCUAUCUCAAGGACUCUUUCAUCGGGUAAUUUCACAAUCAGGAGUUAAUUUAAAUGCUUGGGCACAGCCAGCGCAUCCAGGAGUUGCUCGUGAGCGUGCCAUCAAGUUAGGAGAGAUGCUAAACUGUACACAAGGAAAAGAAGGACAUUUUGCUGACAUGAUGAGUUGCUUAAGAGAAGUGUCUGCUGAGGAAAUAACAAAAACAUUGUAUGACUUUUAUGUUUGGGAUACAGAUCCCAUGAUUCCCUUCCCUCCGGUCGUGGAGCCUGAUUUGCCAGGGGCUUUCAUCACUAAGCACCCGAGGAAUGAGGAUGAGCCACAUGCUAUCAAUUUGCCUUGGAUGACUGGCAUUACAUUGGAUGAAGGUGCCCUAAAAAGUUCAUCGCUAAUCAACGUGCCUACACUUCGCCAGAGUCUUAACAAUCACUGGAACCAAGCUUUACCUGUAUCUUUAUACUAUGACCACCACGACCUGAACCAACAGGCCAAAAUUACUAAAUACAUUAAUGAAUACUACUUCAACAAUCAACAACUUAUAAAGGCAACAGAAAAAAAUCUAACGAACCUUUAUUCAGAUGCUUGGUUUUUGGCUGGCAUGGAUGAAUAUUUACGUAUUCGGCUACGUUCCCUGAAAGCUGGGCCUACGUAUGUGUACCUGUUUGCACAUAAAGGAUCUGCUAGUUUCACUGAAAUUUUUGAAGGUGGAAAAGAAACUUAUUAUGGAGUCUGUCACGCGGAAGAACUUCAGUAUUUGUUUCCGAUCGGAAAGGAUCUUUUCCAGACUGCUAUUCCAACAGAAGAGGAAUUAGAUGUUAGGAAGAUCAUAACAAAGUUGUGGGUAAAUUUUGCUCGAACUGGAAAUCCAACUCCGACUGAUGAAUCGAUUGAUCAGAUAGCCGUACAGUGGCCUCCAACCAGCGGAUUUCCCCUACAAUAUUUACGCAUCGGUAGUCUCGAUACCUCUAUUGAACCGCUUGUGGCUCUAGAGUCGGGUUUAUUAGAAGAACGUGCUUUGUUCUGGCGUAAGCUAAAAGCGCACAACUUUAAGACAUCUUCCGAAUAUGACCGUCUGCUUCAUUCCCGAAAUGAGUUGUGAUACUCUAUAUUAUAUUGUUUGUCAUCAUGCCAUUCCAAACAAAGCACAAGAUAGUAAAACGCUGGUAAAAUUAUGUGUCGUAAAGUAAAAUGAUGGCUUAAAGUAUUGAACAAAUAUCAAAAAUGCCUUACAAAACUUAUGAAUGCGAUGAAUUCUUUUAAAAGAACAAUUCUAACGAACAUUGGUGAAUCUUGUAAAACGUGAAUGCCCAUGAAUUGUCAUGUAUUCUGCAAUUGAAAUCUACAUAGCUCGUAUCAGGUCAGUAUAUCGUUUUUAUUGUUGGAAUUGUAAAAUUUUACCAAAAAAUCUGAUCUUUAAAAAGUUAUAUGCUGCAUCUAAAUCUGCCAUUCCGCUACAUUGCAAGUUAGAUCCGCUCGUUAUCCUUUCUAUAGUUUAUUGUAUGUUGAUGGUU